UAUGGUGGCGAGCUCUGGUCAACGAUUUGUUGGUUGCGGGCGAAUGUUUGUCUUCUAUUGGGGAUAUUGCAAACGCAUAAUUGGUUAUUGUGCAAACUUGGGUAACAGAUAAGCUACGUUUGAUAUAUGAAAAUUGACGUAAACGGAUUUCAAGAGACAACGUUAUGAUGUUUGUUCGCAUGAUAUCGUAGACAUAUAUUGUGUGGUUUUAUCCAGAUUUGGAUCUUUCGAUCUCCAUAUCGUCAGUUACGUAUGCGUUGAGUUAAGGUUAUCUUACCGCGUGACACUUGAACCCACUCAUCAAUCUGUGAUUGAUAAAUAACAAGAUCGUCAUUGCUGUCCUGAAUAUUUCGCAGUGAAUAUUCACAUCUCACUUGGUACAUUCGUUUCUCUUUUGAACUCUCGCUAUUUGCUAUUCUGUAUUUCUGAAUUGAAUCCAUUGGUACAAGAUACUGUCAAGAUUAACAGACGAAUAUGACAAGCAUCAUUAAUCAAAAUCUGUGGGACUCGGACUACGAACUGUUCGACCUUAUAAAAAAAGAAAAAAAACGGCAGGAAACUGGGUUGGAAAUGAUAGCCAGUGAAAACUUCACUUCCCUUAGUGUACUCCAGUGUCUUAGUUCUUGCUUGCACAACAAGUACAGUGAAGGCCUACCAGGACAGAGAUACUAUGGAGGAAAUGAGUACAUUGAUCAAAUUGAACUGCUUGCUCAAAAACGUGCCUUGGAAGCCUUCAAUCUCAAUCCUGAGGAAUGGGGAUGCAAUGUACAACCAUAUUCUGGCAGUCCAGCUAACUUUGCUGUUUACACCGGUCUGAUCGAACCUCACGGACGUAUAAUGGGUCUGGAUUUACCAGAUGGAGGACAUCUGACUCAUGGAUUUUUCACCGGAAACAAAAAAAUAUCCGCAACAUCUAUUUUCUUUGAAUCAAUGCCUUACAAGGUAAAUCCUGAGACCGGGCUGAUUGACUAUGACAAACUCGCUGACACUGCUAAUCUGUUCAAACCCAAAAUCAUCAUAGCAGGCAUAUCGUGCUACAGUAGGUGUUUGGACUACAAAAGAUUUAGGGAAAUUGCUGACGAACAUAAUGCCUAUUUGUUUAGCGAUAUGGCACAUGUUUCUGGACUUGUUGCCGCUGGCGUUAUUCCCAGCCCAUUCGAAUAUAGCGACGUUGUCUCUACGACAACUCACAAAACUCUCAGAGGACCACGUGCUGGUGUAAUUUUCUUUCGCAAGGGAGUGAGAAGUGUGACAAAGAGCGGAGAAAAGAUUCUUUAUGAUAUUGAGAAUAAAAUAAAUCAAGCUGUUUUUCCUGGGCUACAAGGUGGACCGCAUAAUCAUGCGAUCGCUGCUAUUGCGACAACGAUGAAGCAAGUUAAAUCCCCUGAGUAUAUUGGAUAUCAAAAGCAAGUGGUAGCUAAUGCACAGAGAUUGUCUGCUGGUCUUCAAAAACUUGGGUACAAAAUCAGCACAGGGGGCACAGACGUACAUUUAAUUUUAGUUGAUUUGAGAACUACCGGAAUUAGUGGAGCAAAAGCAGAGAGAAUGUUAGAAGAUAUCUCCAUAGCUUGUAACAAGAACACAGUUCCCGGAGACAAAAGUGCUCUUAACCCUAGUGGCAUCAGGCUUGGAACUCCAGCUUUAACCACACGGGGUCUCAAGGAAGCCGAUAUCGACCGAGUUGUUCAUUUCAUUCACUCUGGCAUUGAAUUGGCCAAAGAAGUUACAGCCAUUUCUGGACCUAAGCUUGUCGAAUAUAAGCGAAUAUUGGAGACGCAUGAGACAAUAAAACCCAAAGUGGCAGCUCUGCGUAAUAAAGUUGAAGAAUUUGCUUCGCAAUUUCCUCUCCCAGGUCUGAAAGAGUAUUGAACAGGUAUGUAAGCUUGGCGUGAUCAUAACUGAAAUAGUUAGACACUACGCGAUGUGAAUUUAGGUUGGCGAAAAAUAUUCUUAGUAGAUUCUACGUUCGAUGGAUGCGAGUCCAGUGGCGCCAGAUCCCUACCCCUGCGCUGCUGUAAAUUCCUCUAGAGAUAUUUUGCGCCAAUCCAAAUCAUAUCGCGUAGUAUCUAACCAUUUCAGUUAUGACUAAGGUUUGUGUACAAAACAUUUGUACGAAUUAUACUCCAUGUAUUUUAACCAAACAAUUAAACUCAUAAUUUAAAUUCGUAUAUGCAGUGACAGAAUAUUACUUUAUCCAUCAUAUUCGAUCAUGACAGUGUACAGUUAUAUCCGUAGAGAAUUAGAACAAUGAAUGGCUGUAAUACGUAUGUUACUAUUCCGCGUAAUUUGAAUUAACCGUAAGUUGGAAAAUCGUAAGAAUAAUCCCCAAGACAAGCAUUCCAAAAAAUUCAAUCGCAUGUACACGUACGUACGUACACAAAUCUCAUUCAAAAGUGGUGUAGUUAGACACUACGCGAUAUGAUUUAGGUUGGGUAAUCCCUAAUGGAAUUAACAGCAGCGCGACGGCAGAGGUGGGGUUCUGGCGCCGCUCGGCCCGCAUCCAUCGUACGUAAAUUCCACUAGGGAUAUUUUGCGCUAACCUAAAUCAUAUCGCGUGGUGUCUAACCACACCACUUAUGAAUGAGGUUAGGUUUAUACUACACACCAAUGUCGCUUUGAAAGAGCAGCAAACUUGCGUAGCUAACAACAGCCAGCUUUCCCGCAUUAUCUGGUUUGUCCGAAUGAGACAACCAGGCGCCUGAAUGAACUGAAAUAAUCGUUGACGUACUUGACAUAAAUUUUUUUUCGUACUUUCAGUUAGAUGUAGCCUUUACUAGUUUGUUAUUGAAUAUAUGAGUUUUACAACUAUAGUUUUUUACUGAAUAAAAUUGAUCCAUAAAACCUA